AUUUCUUGGUUAUUGGCUGCACAGUUCACCUGAUUUGACAUUUAAAAAACGCACUGUAAUUCUUGCUGAGUACUGGUGAUUAAACAAAAAUAAUCGAUACGUCCUUUGAAAAUUGUUAAAAAAUGGUUGCUCCAAAGAAGGAAGAAAAAUCUGUAGCUGAGGUGAAGAAAGACGAAGUGAAAGAUGCACCGGGAAAGGAGGCAAAUAAAGACGCCAAAGACGAAGGUAAGGAACAGGAGCUUUCCGACGAAGAUCAACAGUUACAAGAUGAACUAGAAAUGCUCGUUAGUCGCCUGCAAGAGCCCGACAAUUCCCUAUACUUGCCAGCACUGGAAAUGCUGGCAAAGCUAAUAAGAGCCUCUACUACAUCCAUGACUUCGGUGCCGAAACCUUUGAAGUUCAUGCGGCCUCAUUAUGACACUAUGAAAACGCUGUAUAAGCAGAUGCCCGAUCAGCAAACGCGACAAUUGUGCGCUGAUAUUAUUUCUGUACUUUCCAUGACUAUGGGCAGCGGUAAAGAUUGUUUAGCGUACCGUUUCCUCUGCGAUCGGUCGCAAAAAAUUGGAGACUGGGGUCAUGAGUAUGUACGCCACUUAUCUGGCGAAAUAGCGGCGCAUUACUUGGAUACAUCUGAAGAAUUUCAAUCACAGUUGAUUGAAUUGGUCAAACAGAUUAUACCGUAUAAUAUGGAACAUAACGCUGAAGCAGAUGCUUGCGAUUUGCUUAUUGAGAUUGACCAUCUGCAUUUGUUGCAAGAAUAUGUGGAUGAAUCGGCAUAUCCACGCGUUUGUUUAUAUUUACAAUCUUGCUAUCCGUAUGUGCCCGAACCAGAUAAUACUAUAAUUUUGGAGACUGCUUUGCAAUUGGCACGCAAAUUUAAACAACACACGCAAGCCUUGCGUUUGGCAUUGAUGCUGAAUGAUAUGGAUAAAAUCACUGAAAUAUUUAAGGAACCUAAAGAUGCCGCGGUACAAAAGCAGCUUGCUUUCAUGCUAGCCCGCCAGCAAGUGUGCCUGGAAUUAGAUGAGUCUGUGCCAGAUUAUGAUGAUCUAAUGGAAAUCAUGUCCAAUGCGAAUUUAAAUAAACAUUUCUUGAAUUUGGCACGUGAACUUGAUAUCAUGGAAGCCAAAACACCGGAGGACAUAUACAAAUCUCAUUUAGAUAAUGCACGUACGCGUUUCGCCUCGAUACAGGUUGACUCAGCGAAGCAAAAUUUGGCUGCCAGUUUUGUAAAUGGUUUUGUAAAUGCUGGCUUUGGUGUAGAUAAACUACUCUCCGAAGAUGGCAAUAAGUGGCUGUACAAAAAUAAAGAGCACGGCAUGCUCUCUGCGACCGCCUCUCUAGGACUGAUUCUAUUAUGGGACGUUGAUGGUGGUUUAACUAUGAUUGAUAAAUAUCUGUAUUCAACCGAUGAUUACAUCAAAUCCGGUGCUCUUCUCGCAUGUGGCAUUGUAAAUUGCGGAAUACGCAAUGAGGUUGAUCCUGCACAUGCCCUACUCUCUGAUUAUAUUGAUAAUCAAAAUAUAUCUAUGCGUAUCGGUGCUAUUCUGGGUCUAGGUAUUGCAUAUGCUGGCUCUAACCGCACAAUUGUCAUAGAUACAUUGAAAACGGUGUUUGCGACCAAUGGUAAAAAUGUUGCUAAUGUAGAAGUUAUGGGUAUAACCGCGUUAUCGUUGGGUUUGAUAUCGGUGGGCUCGUGCAAUGCUGAAAUUACCGAAAUUUUGUUACAAACCAUUAUGGGUCUUUCCAAGUCCGAUUUAAAGGACACGUAUAGCCGUUUUCUAUGGUUAGGAUUAGGUUUGUUAUACCUAGGACGGCAAAAAGCCACCGAAGCGGUUAUGCUCACCUUAGAAGUACUGGAUGAGCCAUACCGUUCUAUGGCUACAACCAUGGUAGAUAUUUGCGCUUAUGCCGGUACCGGAAAUGUAUUGAAAAUCCAGCAUUUGCUACAUAUUUGCUCUGACCAUUAUGAAUCCUCUAACGGAGACGGAGGAGAAGAGAAAGGCAAGAAGGAUAAAAAUAAAGAAAAGGACAAAGCUGAAAAGGAGAAAGAAAAGGAGAAGGAUCUUUCGGCAACUCAGGCAAUCGCUGUAUUGGGAAUCGCUCUAAUUGCUAUGGGUGAGGAUAUUGGAGCUGAAAUGGCUUUUCGCUCGUUCGGAAAUUUACUUCGCUAUUGUGAGCCGUGUAUUCGUCGUGCUGUACCACUUGCUUUAGGCUUAAUUUCGGCUUCUAAUCCUAAAUUAAAUAUACUGGAUACAUUAAGCAAAUUUUCACAUGACAGCGAUGCGGAAGUGGCGCAUAAUGCCAUUUUUGCAAUGGGUCUUAUAGGCGCAGGUACUAAUAAUGCUCGCCUGGCAUCUAUGUUGCGUCAAUUGGCACAAUAUCACUCGAAGGAUCCGAGUAAUUUGUUCAUGGUUCGAAUUGCACAAAGUCUUACACAUUUGGGUAAGGGCACACUGACGCUCAGCCCAUAUCACAGUGAUCGCCAACUAAUGAAUCCUAUGGCUGUUGCGGGUCUUAUGGCAACUCUCGUUUCUCUAUUGGAUGUUAAGACAUUAAUAUUGGGUCGCUCACAUUACUUGCUUUAUACUUUGGUGCCAGCAAUGCAGGCACGCAUGCUGAUAACAUUCGAUGAAGAGUUAAAUCAACUGCAAGUGCCGGUGCGUGUUGGUAUAGCUAUUGAUGUUGUGGGCCAAGCUGGCAAACCUAAAACCAUUACUGGUUUCCAAACUCAUACUACACCGGUUUUACUUGCGAUGGGCGAACGUGCCGAACUGGCAACUGAUGAGUAUAUCUCCCUUACUCCAGUUAUGGAAGGCUUUGUCAUAUUGAAGAAAAAUCCAAAUUUCGUCAAGUAAUAAUUUUAAUGCAUUUUUGUCGAAUUAACCUACAUUUAACACAUACAUAUUU